AUGCCAUCGCAUAACUUAAAAAGAGAAAAACAUCUCAAUGAAAUGGAGGUCAGAUCUGAUGCACAUGAAAAUGGUGUAAAUGCUCAUGAUUCUGUGGAAGAAGCUGUGUUAAAAUAUGUUCGUGAUGGAUUUCAACAGAAUGAUUUACAAAAGAUGUCACCAGAUAACGGCAACGGCGGCAACGAUCAAGGAGAUAAUGAAAAUAAUCAAGGUAAGAAUAAUAGUAAUGCAGGUACUUCUGCGACAACCAAUGACGAUAUGAGUUGGUAUUUAAAGCACGACGAAGAUAUAAACCAAUAUGAUAGACAAGGUGCAAAUGUUACAAAUGAUGAUGAUUCUCAAGCUGCCACAUCAGAAUCUGUAGCAAUGGCGGCUGUUGCUGCAGCUUAUGCAUCAUCAUCAACAGCUGGUAAAUCUGAGAAACGCAAACACAAGAAAUCGCAUAACGAUGAUAAUGGAAAGAAACCCAAAAAACAUAAGAAACAAAAGAAAUCUGAUAAAACCGAUAAAACCAAAGAAGAAGAAGAGGAAGAAGAAGAAGAAGAAGAAGAAGAAGAAGAAACUUCGAUCGCAGUUGAUCCAGCGCUAGCUACUCUAGAUGAUGAUGAAGGCAAUGACGCAAAUAAUAAUUCCCAGGAUCACUUGGUCCGUAAGGCUAUUAUAGAUACGGUCAGCAUAACUCAAAAUCCUGAUUUCCAACAAUAUUUAAAUACUGAUAUAUCGACAAAGGAUGAGGCUCCUACAAAAAAAGUGAUUACCGAAAACGUUAAGACAUUAAAGACGAAAAAGAGUUCGAACGACAGUGAUAGUAACACAUUGGUUGAUUCAGUUUCAGUGGUGGAACCUAUAGCACCUACCAAAAGUUAUAAUGAUCUAGGUAAGGAUUAUGAUGGUGCUUUACCUAAGGGCGUUUCAAUCACCGAUGUAAGAUUAAAAAAUGACAAGGAUACUCACUUACUUUUAAGUGCGGCUACCGAUGCGUCAAAGAUGAUUCGUGAGGGUACUCAAAGCACUGGUAAAGUAUUCGAUGCUAUUGAAGAAAGUGCUUUAGACCAGUUCAUAACGGAAUACAGUAGGAUCAAAGGCUUUACCAGGAGAGAAACAUGUGAAAGAAUUUGGACAAAUGGUCGUCGUAAGGAUGACUUCUGGAUUAAUAUUUGUAAGGUACUACCUUACAGAACAAGAUCGUCCAUAUAUAAGCAUGUCCGUAGGAGAUAUCACAUAUUUGAACAACGUGGUAAAUGGACACCAGAGGAAGAUGCCGAAUUGGCUAAGCUUUGCUUGGAAAAAGAAGGGCAAUGGUCCGAGGUUGGUAAAUACUUGGGUAGAAUGCCAGAAGAUUGCAGGGAUCGUUGGAGAAACUAUAUAAAAUGUGGAUCAAAGAGGGCCUCCAACAAAUGGACCCCAGAGGAGGAAGAAAAAUUGAAAGACGUCAUUGCAAGAUUAAUAUUCGAUGCUACUGGGCAAACAGGUGAAUUCCCAGAGAAAAAAACAGGUGAGGUUGAUGAAGAUGGCCUCGAGAUUGAGAGAAGUCUUCCAACUAUGCCUAAAAUGAAAGAAAAUCAAAAGAAGUUCCAGGACAUAAUCAAUUGGACAUUAGUAAGUGAAAAUAUGGAUGGCACAAGAUCUCGUAUCCAAUGUAGAUACAAAUGGAAUAAACUUGUUAAAAAACAAGCAACUCAAAGAAUUCAGAAUAUUUCAGAAUCUACAAAGAAAUGGACAUUGGAAAAGUUAAGAGAUCUUGGAUUUACUGAAGAUUCCCAAGUGGACUGGGAUGAACUUGCAACUCUUUGCCCUGAUACUGAAUGGUCUGGUCUAGAACUAAAACUAUCCUACGAAAAAUUGCGGACUUUGGUAAAAGAUCACAAAUCUAAAAAUAUAAAUGAAAUAUCGAAAGAAUUACUUGGUAUCAUAGAUGGUCCAUCGCAAGGCGACAAAGAUACUUAG